GACCCUUAAACGGCGGAAGCUGCUUGCUCAUCGUCAGACAGUGUCGAAGAUGGCUCUUGCUAGUGUGUUGAACAGUGAUUGUGCGGAUUUUUCAUUUGCUAAUUGUCAGCCUUCUGGUUUUGGUUGUGGACCCGGACUGAGCGGUCUGGGUUUUGAGGCUACGCCGACAGACAGCCUCAGUUUUUCCGUUAGAAACCCGCUGUGUGCCGGUGAAGAGGAUGGCGUCGAGAGGAAAAUAGAGUUCCUGCACGGAACCACCACAUUAGCAUUCAAAUUCCAGCAUGGUGUUAUUGUUGCAGUGGACUCUCGGGCCACAGCGGGCUCCUACAUCGCCUCGCAGACGGUGAAGAAGGUGAUUGAGAUCAACCCCUACCUGCUGGGCACCAUGGCUGGAGGAGCUGCAGACUGUAGCUUCUGGGAGCGCCUGCUGGCCCGCCAGUGCCGCAUUUACGAGCUUCGCAACAAGGAGCGCAUCUCGGUGGCAGCAGCCUCAAAACUGCUUGCUAACAUGGUGUACCAGUACAAGGGCAUGGGACUCAGCAUGGGAACCAUGGUGUGCGGUUGGGACAAGAGAGGCCCAGGGCUGUACUAUGUCGAUUCAGAAGGAAACCGGGUGUGUGGCGACCUGUUCGCUGUGGGCUCGGGCUCCAUGUACGCCUACGGUGUGAUGGACAGUGGCCUGCGGCAAGACCUGACAGUGGAGGAGGCCUGCGAGCUAGGCCGCCGCGCCAUCUACCAGGCCACAUUCCGCGACGCCUACAGCGGAGGGCAGGUCAACCUGUACCAUGUCCACAGCGAGGGCUGGACCAGGGUGUCCCAGCAAGAUGUGCUCAUGCUGCACCAGCAGUACAAGGAACAGGAGUAGUCCUUAAAAUGAAAAGCAGAGGGGACAAGGAAGUGGGGAGGGAGAAGGGAGGUGUAAGGAAAAUAGUUUAUUCCAGUAUCCAAUGUUACAGAUGUUCUGAAAUAUCAGUAGACACACUAAUUAAAAAAAAAAAGGACUCAUUGAUCGAUUGAUCUCCACUUGUAUCACUUUUGUGACCCAUUUUGACUUGUCAGUAGCUCGAAGCUUUAUGUUGUACAUUUUUAACAAUACCAGUGAGCUCCACUCACCCUGCACAGAGUCUGAAUUGAGGGGCUGCAGAGAGGGGGGCCGAUGACUCAAACAUGCUUUAUUACAGUGUGGGAGUAGUGUGGUGCUUGCCCUACAUACAUUUCAUUUGGAUCAUACCCUGUAAAACUACAUCUACUUUCUCAAUAAACCUGUGAUGUUCUUUUUUUUCAA